UUCAAAAAUAUUCUUACAACUGUACCGCCAACUGACCUCAAUUUAUUUUGCUUCUAAAACUUACAAAAAAGUGAAAGCGAUAAUGCUUUCAGCGGAACGUACAACAAGCAUUGAAUUACCUACCAAUUAAAACAUAAACAAAAUGUAAAAGCUAUGCCAAUUACAUACAAUCUGAAUUACUUUAUUACUCCAGCAUCUGAAUUGCUUAAAUAUAUAAUCCUAACAUGUGGUAUGCAGCUUUGCUGCGAUUCCUUCGGAGGCGUUUAGUAUUGGGCAUUAUUUUUGCUUCUUCCUUAACGUACUGCAUAGUCAGCUUUCUAAGAGAGGGUAAUACCAGAAACAUGGCAUAUCAAGAUAUAACAGUUGAAAGAAAACCUUUCGUGUGGAGAACUCUACAAGAGCACAACGAAACAGCUGACUUUUCUUGCAGAAAUUCAAUGCAGGGAAAAUCGUUAAUUGUAGAUGACAGAGGCUAUAUUUGUCCAAGAACAGAGAUAACAAGGAAUGGUUGCUGUAACACAGAUGCGGAAACGACUAGUAGAUACAGUUGUGAAACAUGCAGAAACACCGGCUGCUGUGUCAUAUAUGAACACUGUGUUUCAUGCUGUUUAGAUCCCAAUAAGAGACAUCUACUACAGGAUGUGCUUUCAAGACUGUCCGCUGAUGAAAAUGUGCUGUUUCAUUCUAUAAGUGAUGACUACGAACUCUGCCUGACGAAGUGUCGGACAAGCUCUCAUAGUGUUUUACACGAGAACUCAUAUAGAGACCCAACACACAAACAUUGCUUUGGUGAUAAACAAGCUAAAGAAGAUACUUAAAAAGCUUAGAAUGAAAUCUAUGAAGGUAUCAACAGUCUCUAUGCUCAUGUUAAAAGUACUAGACAUUUUGUUCACUGCGACAUUAGUGUUGUAGUAUGUAAGAGCGUACUAUGAAAUUUACCCUUUUUGUAUGUGUUUUACUUUUAAAUGUGACCAAUAGGUAACUGACUUUCUGAUCCUCGCGAAAAGCGACCGUAAUCUUAGCUUAGGCCAUAAUUCAUUGAGUGGUGUUUUGUUUGAAUUUUGUCAGUCGCGGUACUUGCACUAAUGUGUGCUUUUAUAAUUCUGGUCGUCACGUC